CCGCAGACCCGGGUCGUUGGCCCGCUUUUUAAGCAUGGAACCAGUUGACUCAGCCGCGUGACCCGCCAUAGAGCGCCAGUCAACUUGCGUUUCAGAUUUUUGCCUUCCAGAUCCCAGAAGCUCCAUCCAAUCCAUAAAACCCUAGCAGGGCAGCUGAAUAUCUGGAUCCAAGACUCGACCUGUAUUGGGCACAAACGUAUUUCGAAAUUAAGCAGCAGGAGCGAGUAACAGUGAUGGGAAUCAUAAGAAGCAGCUUUACCUUCAUUGCGGGGACUGUGUGUGGGGUUUACGUUGCUCAAAACUACAACGUUCCCAACAUCGAAAAACUCGCAUACACCCUCAUCGGUAAAGCCAAAGAAUACGAAGAGAAGUAUCGCAAACGCAACGCGAGAGGCGAUCGCGAUUAGCUAUCCUACUGGGUCGUAAUCGGAUACAAGGUUCUCCUUCAAAAAAAAAAUUCCGCUUUUUCCAUCUUAUACUACUGUGGUUUUUGGGCAAGAAAAGAAACAAGUGAAAUUUGAAGAUUAAGAAAUCGUAAUUCGAAUUCUUUCUGGUGUUUAAUGGAAUCCAAAUUCAAUUGUUAAAUCUGAUACCCAAAUCGAAUUUUCAAUUGCUUUAUAUUUUGUGGAUGUUUAUAUGUACAAUUCUGUGGUCGAUACCGUGCAGUAAAAGUUCUUGUUUUUGACUUGUGUGCUUCA